AUGGAGACUGUCAUCUCGGCGCGCUCGCCACUUUUCGAAUACUCGCCUUGUAGGGAUUGUGGAGGAGGGAUAACGGGAUGGAGGGGGACCAAUGGGACGGAUGGAGCUUUAGUGGGGAGCACUGGGAGACUAGCCAUCGCUUUCAACUUUACCGGCACUGGCGUGUCGUUCGACUUUGCUCAACGUAUACCAGAGGACUGGUUGCACAAGUUGACAGUCAACAGUUCCGCCCCGCCCACCUCCGCCGACAUCACAUCCACAAGCCUGACCAACCUCGUCCCCGGCGCACACCGAUUCACGCUCGAGCUCUUCCCCCCUGCUCCCGACCCAUUCUCUCCCGCACCCCCCUCCAACGCCUCUGUCACCUUCACUGGCGCGACAGGAUACCUCGGGGCGAUACUCAACGCGGCGACGAAGAAUGUGACGAUCGACGAUACGGCAUGGCGGACUGGCGAGGUCGUGCUCAGUCCAGCGUGGAAUAUGAUGGAGGGCGGACAAGGCGGAUCGAGCAAUUGGAUCAAUACGACGCAGAUCGAUGCGGAAAGGGGAACAGCAGGGGAGAAUUGGAAUAGCUCGUUAUCGUGGACGGAGCAAAGAGGGGCGAAUACGACGAUUGCAUUUGCGGGGGAGGCGGUGUGGGUGUAUGGAGCGGCUGGAGGCGAGGCGGGACGAUAUGAGGUGCUGGUGGAUGGGACGGAGAUGGGGCGGUAUAAUGCGUCUGGUGGAGCUAAGGCCUACGGCCAGGUACUGUACCAUACCAGCUCACUAGCGAAGGGCAACCAUACCCUCACUCUGCGCAAUCUACAAGAUGGCGGGAGACUAUCCUUUGAUCGAUUGGUGGCCAUGUCAGGGCUCGCCGCCACACCUCGUCCAUCUACAUCAGCACCCAUCCCAUCAGCUACAUCCACACCAGUAUCGAGCACGAAGAAGCUCAGCGAUGGCGCUCUUGCUGGGAUCGGCAUAGGCGCGGUCCUCGGUGCGAUCUUGCUUAUUGGCGCUAUCGUAUUCUUCCUGAUGCGGCGGGAAAGGAGGAGACGGCAGGGGCCAAGUAACGAUGAGUACUCGUCGAGCAAGUAUGACGAAAAGAACAAGACUUUCCUCAACUUCCCUAGAUCCACCACUCCUCCCUUCUCCCGUAUGGACGGCUCCGAACCCGCUGCAGCCGGUUUCCUCGCAAGAGCUUGGCCCUUCCAUCGUAACGGUCCACCCUACAGCAAGGAGUCAUUCAUCCCCGGCAUGCCCAGCACCCCUCGGGCUGGCGACACUUCCAACCUCCCUCAACCCCCUUCCGGCGACCGCUAUACCAGCUUCCUCAAAUUCAGCAAGUCCCCCAAACGGGGCAGAGAGAGUCCUCGACCUAAUAUCUCUUCACCCACGCCAUUCGAGCGGCCUGGCUUCGCGGACGCCGAGUACCGCAAUACCAUGCAGACUCGGGCUACAGCGGAAGACACGGAGGGGAUCUCACCCGCUCUCCUCGCGGCCAUCUCGGGGCGGGUCGUCUCGCCCCUCGCUCAACUCCGGGACGGCGCGCUUCCGCCCACCACUGCCGAGAGCGAGAGUUACUUUCCAAAGAUGACAGCGCUGGGCUCCGUGUUUGCCGGUCCGCCGAAAGCGCCGGCGCUCAAGGCGGAGGAGAACACCUGGAAGCGGCCGAGCGUGGAUACGAUUGGGAGGAUCUUUGGGCAGUAUGCGAGUCCGAGGGACACUGUCGUUCCAGCUAGGGGUGGGCUGGCGGCAAUGGACACGAUAGAGGGGAGGGAGAAGUGGGAUGAGCGGGUACGGAAAGUGGGACAGCCUCAUGCUUUCUAG